GCUGGAUUCGAGGACCCGCUUGGAUGCUUCGCCUCCGAGCGCCCACGGAAGAUGGGCCGGCAACCACGCGCCUAAAGACAUCGAGGGGUUAUCAGUCUCCAAGGCAAACCCGGAGCGCUAAGCCCGCGGUUCUGCAGUUGAGGAGAUGGCUUCCAGCCCACUGCCGGGGCCCAACGACAUCCUACUUGCAUCGCCGUCGAGCGCCUUCCAGCCCGACGCACUGAGUCAGCCGCGGCCUGGGCACGCCAACCUCAAACCCAACCAGGUGGGCCAGGUGAUCCUCUAUGGCAUUCCCAUCGUGUCCUUGGUGAUCGACGGGCAGGAACGCCUGUGCCUGGCGCAGAUCUCCAACACCCUUCUCAAGAACUUCAGCUACAACGAGAUCCACAACCGCCGCGUGGCGCUGGGCAUCACGUGCGUGCAGUGUACGCCUGUCCAACUGGAGAUCCUGCGGCGCGCAGGGGCCAUGCCCAUCUCUUCGCGGCGCUGUGGCAUGAUCACCAAGCGUGAGGCCGAGCGCCUUUGUAAGUCAUUCCUAGGCGAAAACCGGCCGCCCAAGCUGCCGGACAACUUCGCCUUCGACGUGUCGCACGAGUGCGCCUGGGGCUGCCGCGGCAGCUUUAUCCCAGCGCGCUACAACAGCUCUCGCGCCAAGUGCAUCAAAUGCAGCUACUGCAACAUGUACUUCUCACCCAACAAGUUUAUUUUCCACUCCCACCGCACCCCGGACGCCAAGUACACCCAGCCAGACGCUGCCAACUUCAAUUCCUGGCGCCGCCAUCUCAAGCUCACAGACAAGAGCCCUCAAGACGAGCUAGUCUUCGCCUGGGAGGAUGUCAAGGCCAUGUUCAACGGAGGCAGCCGCAAGCGCGCGCUGCCUCAGCCCAGUGCGCACCCGGCCUGUCACCCGCUCAGUUCCGUCAAGGCAGCUGCGGUGGCGGCCGCAGCAGCAGUGGCCGGGGGCGGGGGCCUGCUGGGCCCGCACCUACUGGGCGCGCCACCCCCGCCGCCGCCACCACCACCCUUGGCUGAGCUGGCUGGCGCCCCGCACGCCCAUCACAAGCGGCCGCGCUUCGACGACGACGACGAUUCCCUACAGGAGGCAGCCGUGGUGGCUGCAGCCAGCCUUUCGGCAGCCGCCGCCGCCAGCCUCUCGGUUGCCGCGGCCACCGGCGGCGCAGGGCCGGGUGCAAGUGGUGCCGGGGGUGGAUGCGUGACCGGCGUGGGUGUGGGCGCCAGUGCGGGGGCUGGUGCAGCAGCUGGCACCAAAGGCCCACGCAGCUACCCAGUCAUCCCAGUGCCCAGCAAGGGUUCCUUCGGGGGCGUGCUGCAGAAGUUCCCGGGCUGCGGGGGCCUCUUUCCACAUCCUUACACCUUCCCAGCCGCGGCCGCAGCCUUUAGCUUGUGCCACAAGAAGGAGGACGCGGGCGCAGCAGCCGAGGCCCUGGGGGGAGCGGGCGCCGGGAGCACAGGUGCGGCGCCCAAGGCCGGUCUGUCGGGUCUUUUCUGGCCCGCGGGCCGCAAGGACGCCUUCUACCCGCCCUUCUGCAUGUUCUGGCCACCGCGGACCCCCGGCGGGCUGCCGGUACCCACCUACCUACAGCCACCGCCGCAGCCACCGUCUGCGCUUGGCUGCGCGCUGGGUGACAGCCCGGCCCUGCUGCGCCAGGCCUUCCUGGACCUGGCUGAGCCGGGCGGCGCGGGUGGUAGCGCCGAGGCAGCGCCCCCGCCGGGCCAGCCUCCCCCCGUAGUGACCAAUGGCCCUGGCUCCGGUCCUCCCUCGGCUGGGGGCGCGGGAGCACGCGACGCGCUCUUCGAGUCGCCCCCGGGCGGCAGCGGCGGGGACUGCAGCGCCGGGUCCACGCCACCCGCAGAGCCUGGAGUGACGUCCGGGACCGGGGCUGCGUCCUCUGGAACCGGUCCUGCGGGCACCCGUGUGCCGGCCCCCCAUCACCCGCACCUCUUGGAAGGGCGCAAGGCGGGCGGCGGCAGUUACCACCAUUCCAGCGCCUUCCGACCGGUGGGCGGCAAGGACGACGCGGAGAGUCUGGCCAAGCUGCACGGGGCGUCGGCGGGCGCGCCCCACUCUGCCCCAACGCACCAUCACCACCACCACCACCACCCACACCAUCACCACCACCACCCUCCGCAACCGCCGUCGCCACUGCUGCUGCUGCCGCCACAACCAGAUGAGCCUGGGUCAGAGCGCCACCACCCAGCCCCGCCGCCUCCGCCGCCGCCGCCCCCGCUGGCCCCGCAGCCGCACCACCGAGGCCUUCUGUCCCCUGAGGGCACCAGCUGCAGCUAUCCAAGCGAGGACAGCUCGGAAGAUGAGGAGGACGAGGAGGAAGAGCAAGAGGUGGAUGUGGAGGGCCACAAGCCACUCGAAGGAGAGGAAGAGGAGGAUGGUCGAGAUCUCGAAGAUGAAGAGGAAGAAGAUGAGGAGACUGGGGUCCUUCUCGGAGACUCCCUGGUUGGUGGUAGCCGGUUCCUCCAAGGCCGAGGGCUGUCGGAGAAGGGGAGCGGCCGGGACCGCACGACGCCCGCCACCGGUUCUUUCCCUCUCGCGCUGAACUCCUCCAGGCUGCUACAGGAGGACGGCAAGCUGGGGGACCCCGGAGGCUCGGACCUGCCGGCGCCCUUGCCCCCACCCCUGGCUCCCCAGAAAGCAAGCGGCGGUGGAGGCAGCAGGCCAGGCAGCCCUGUCCACCAUCCAUCACUGGAGGAGGAGCCCACAUACAAAGAUAAUCAGAAACCUAAGGAAAACAACCAAGUUAUUCUAUCUGCAAAGGAUGACAGCUUCUCAGAUAAGAACAAGGAACACAGCUUUUUCAUCACAGACACUGAUUCUUCUGGGGACUUUUGGAGAGAAAGAUCAGGUGAACACACACAAGAAACCAAUUCACCUCAUUCACUCAAAAAGGAUGUAGAAAAUAUGGGAAAAGAGGAACUUCAGAAGGUUUUGUUUGAGCAAAUAGAUUUACGGAGGCGACUGGAGCAAGAGUUCCAAGUGUUAAGAGGAAACACGUCCUUCCCGGUGUUCAAUAACUUCCAGGAUCAGAUGAAAAGGGAGCUGGCUUACCGAGAAGAAAUGGUGCAACAGUUACAAAUUAUCCCCUAUGCAGCAAGUCUGAUCAGGAAAGAGAAGCUUGGUGCCCAUCUCAGCAAAAGCUAAAAGGUGACAGACGCUUUUACUCUCGUUCUCUUGUAAGAUACACUCUACCACUGAGUGCUUCGGACCUGCAGAAGAACUGCAAAUUGAAAGGGCUUGGGAAUCAAAAUCAGGUUCAAGAGUCGCCAAGGACAAGUGGCCUCACAGCAGCACGGAUAGCCAUGUAAAAUAGACUGUGGCCAUCAUUCAUUAGUGGGGGGAGGGGGGAGCCAACCACAGCCGUUAAUACUUGUCACAUCUCCUGGUGGAACCAAAGUUUGAAUGUUUGUGUUUU